AUGGGCACGUCAACACCUUUGCCGAUCUUGGUUCAGGAUCCUACCAAGCCAAUCGAGCCAAAGGAGAAGCCGCUGGACCCAAAGUUGGUCGGCAUGUCUGUUGGGUACAAGAGUCUCUACGCUGGCAAGGAGGAUCGCAGAGGUCGCUUCCAAUGGCAGGAGACGAUACCCGAAGAUCUCGUACCACCUGCUGAGAAUGCUGAGACGCAGAAAUGGGCUUUCAUCGCCAGACAUGUCAAGGUCUAUGGCGACCCUCGUAAAACGCUGGCAUUGCACUCGAUCGUCAUCCAGUCACCACUGCUGAAGAGGAUUCUUCAAUCCGUGCUGGCUGACUAUCCAGGUGUCACUGUGGGUCUGCAGAGAUUGGAGUUUAGUGGCAAGUUUGAAUGUCUGAUCCAUCGUUUCCCUGACCUCGACUACGCUAUCGAAGCGCUCCAAACACUGCACGAGCAUUACAAGGAUUGUACCAUAUGCGAGGACCCCACUAAGGAUUGCAGCUUCGACUUAGACGGAGCUACCGGCGAACGCCAGUCAAUCGGCGACAUGUUGACUCUGAUCAAGGCUAAGGAUCUUGUCAAAGACAUUGCAGCAACGGCUGUGAAGGAUCAGAUCUCUGCAAAAUCUUCUGAGGGUAAGAAUGAGGACGCCGAGGAUGACACUACUCUACCAUCACGGCUCGACACCACAGAACUGAGUUUAAAGCAUACACAAAUCCUGCGCGAUCUCCUGUACGAAGAGUUCCACGUCUUGAUUGAGUCUUCGCGCGACAUGAAGGCACAAGGUGUCAUCACCUACGAAACUCUUUGGACAAUCUUCGAGCCAGGUACCAUGGUGUAUGCCCGCGAGGAGGGCCAGGACCGUGCCUUCAACAUGCUGUCUGGCAGAUAUGGCUUUGACAAAGACGAGAGACCAGUCUAUUCACUCAAAAUACGCUUCGUUGACUUUGACGGCACCAGGUUUGGUUGGACAAUUGCCAAGAUUGAUGUUCACGAGUUCCAAGGCACUUGUCCUAUCGCUUCGCUCACCGCGUAUCCUAUCGAGUACCAUUCUGAUGAAACCGCCCUGCGCAAGAACCUUGUUGACAGAGGCUCGGUUAUCGAAAGCCUUGUCGGCACUCAUUACCGCGCAUACGACGGCAUCGGCCACCGACUGGACAUGUAUGGUCAGAAGGAGCGUCACAGCGUCAAGGGCAGAAUCAUCAUCGACACUGUUGGCUGGAACCGCUAUAAUCCCAAUCAAGCCAUUUACACCUCGGCGCUGGGUAGCAAAGGCACAGAGAGAACGACUCGCAGCUCCCGUGCCUUGUAUCUCCCGACUCUCGGAGAGUCUCUCGAUGAAGGCUUCGGCGGUGGCAUGCCACUCGACGGUCACUUUGGAGAGGAAGGUGACUACAAGAAGCUCCCACCUCUUACCGACGAACAAAAACUUCUUUGCAAUCACUUGAUUCGUGGUUUCGCCUUGAAGGAGAAGAUGUGGCUCAACCUGUUUAUCGGAUCUGUGCAAGAUGUCUCUUUCAACAAGGACGCCUUCGACUCUCUCGUGCUGCCCGCAGACACAAAGGAGCUCAUUCUCGGCUUCACCUGCACACAACAAGCUACUCGUAUUGCGUACGACGACGUCAUUGAGGGCAAAGGGCGAGGCAUCAUCCUGUUGCUAUGCGGUCCACCAGGAGUUGGCAAGACUCUGACUGCUGAAAGUGUGGCCGAGCACCUUGGGGCCCCCUUGUUCAUAAUGAGCGCCGGGGACUUGGGUAUGGACAGCAAGCAUAUCGAGACUCGCUUGCUCUCCGUACUCGGUAUGUGCACCCGCUGGAACGCCAUUCUCCUAUUGGACGAAGCCGACAUCUUCCUCGAAGAGCGUAGUCGGCAUGAGGUCGAACGCAAUAAACUUGUCAGCAUCUUCUUGCGUGUGCUUGAAUACCAUGAGGGCAUCAUGUUCCUCACCACCAACCGUGUCUCGACUUUCGAUCCAGCUUUUCAAUCAAGAAUCCACAUCAGUAUCGACUAUCCCGACCUGUCACCCGACAGUCGUCGUAAGACCUGGGAGAACUUCCUCGGCCGCCACAACGAUGCUCAAGCAGCUGCCCGUUUGAAGCCACCCCAGAAUCCUGCCUCGUCAAUCAGAUCAAUCAACGGAAGUCACGAAACACCUGCAAAUUCCCAACAUGAGGCCAUGACCCAGCCCCAUGCCAUCACCACACAGGAGAUCCGCCAGCUCUCUCUGCUCAGACUCAAUGGUCGCCAGAUCAAGAAUAUGCUCAAGACUGCUCAGCUGUUGGCUAGUUUCAAGGCUGAACCUCUUGCUCACAAGCACAUUAAGACAGUGCUGGACGCUACCCAACAUCUUCACAAUGCUAACAAGGUUACCGAGGAUGCUCGUAGCAGUAUUUUCAAUUGA